GUAUCUGUCCAAAAGUGGGCACAAACGGGGUGACUUCCAAAGUUUGGCUAAAGCUUCACUCUAGGCCGUAUAACGGAAUAUAGCCUGGAUUUAUGCGUAAAGACGCACGGUGCUAUAGCUCUCUGGAUAACUGUCGUGAAGAGGUGGUUCUGGACUUACUGCAGAGGAAAUAUGUCACAUUGAGGUGUUGGGAGAAGUGACCAAAGUUUUACCAUGCAGCACCCCUUGGACGUAGCGGCGCAUUACUAUGCCCCAGAAGCGCAUCCAGACCACAGGACGCACCGCUAUCGGAGUUUCAUGAUUGAAGAGAUUCUUACAGACCACGCGGAGCACAAAACCUCCGCUCACGCGGGAGAGCUCCUCAAGUUUGGCGUACAGGCUCUGCUGUCCGCUCGGCCCUUCCACAGUCAGCUCGUGCUCAAAGCGGACCAGACCAGCCUGCUCAAGUUCCCCAUGUCGCCGCUGUCCUGCUCCCUUGCUUCUCCACUCGGCUCCCCCCUUUUGUCUGGCGCCCCGGGCCUGCAAGUGGGAGCUGCGUCUCACCACCUGCCACUGGACCUUCACCUUCGCGGGAAACUGGAGCAUGGCGCGGACGGCGGAAGCAAAACCAAGAAAGGCCGUCGCAGCCGCACCGUGUUCACCGAGCUUCAGCUCAUGGGCCUGGAGAAGCGCUUCGAGAAGCAGAAGUAUCUUUCCACACCAGAUAGAAUAGAUCUGGCAGAAUCUUUGGGUCUCAGUCAACUUCAAGUGAAAACGUGGUACCAAAACAGAAGAAUGAAGUGGAAGAAAAUUGUGCUACAAGGAGGAGGCCUGGAGUCUCCCACUAAACCCAAAGGGCGCCCGAAGAAAAACUCUAUCCCGAGCAGUGAGCAGCUGUGUGAGAGAGCGGCCACAGACACAGAGCAGCACACAGACUCUGCUUCAGGCAGCCACUUAGAGAGCUCUCAGGAGGAGUGACUCUGGACACUAGUGUAAAUCUAUGGACAGCAUGGACUUUUAAACUGUGAGGAGCUGCCCUCAGCUGUGUGGAGUCAACUCAAGUCGGAACGCUUUUAUGAAGAGAGACACCAAAGUGA